GAGGUUAACAUAAACUUUCGGUGUAAUACAUUGAUGACCGAGAGGUUAACAUAAACUUUCGUUGUAAUACAUUGAUUCUCGGAAGGUUAAGAUAAACUUCCGUUAUAAUGCAUUGAUUUCGAAGGGUUAAAAUAAACCUUCGUUACAAUAAAAGAAUUCUGGAAGUAUAACAUAAGUUCUCAGAACAAACGGGGAAGCUUGCUGGAGCUGCGGAGAACAUUUACUGUGUCACACUGAGGUGACCAGCUGUCCGAGCGGGUUAAAGCGAUAUAACUGGGAACUGUGGUUGGAAUGGAAGAUGAAUAUGAUCAGGAAACUGUUGACGGCGGCUGGGGGCCAGCGCCGGGGUAUCGAUGGAAAAUAAUAAACGACCAGCUGAGGCUGUUGUUGGUGGCGGUGGGUGGAGAGACCACCGGGAAAAAGAAGCAUGAGGCUGUGGAGCGCACGGAACGCGCGGUGAGAAAGUUGUUAGAAAAGAAAGGCGUUAGUUUGGCAGACAGGCUGUCACUGGCGCAGAUUUUGUGGGAGAAGGAGAGAGAUUGUAGAGAAGAAAAGAAGGAGCUUGAGUCGAAACGCGAGAAGGCGAGUGUGUUGAAAAAAGGAAAACUUCGUAAAGAGAUGGAGGAUGUGGAGGACAUGAGGUCCGCAUUGUUUUCGUAUUGGAUAAAAAGUAAAGCCGUGGGGAGAAAUAACCAGGAACGGUGUAAUGAGGAAAGACCACCGGCAUACGAUGUUGAAAUAAACGGUGUGAAUUCGGCUUCUGCACCUGCUGGGUUGUAUCCUGUAUUAAAUAUAACGGGGGGAGAGUUGGAAGUUGAAGAAAGUGUACCACUGCGGGGUUGUCGGGGCAACGAGGUAACGGGGGAAAGCCGGCCUUUCGAAGCGCGUCAAAAUCGGGAGGGGUUUAAAGAAUGGACGGACUCACGCACUCCGGGGAGAAGGGACAGCUCAGAAGUGCAGCGGAGAAAUAAGGCGGAUAAGAGAAAGUAUUUAGCCGGGGCGAAUGAGCGGGUGAAAACACAAUUGAGAUACGGGGAAUCACCAGACAUGGGGGAGAGAGAAAAAAAAGGCUCUGCCUCGGCUCAGGAGGAGCAAAACGGGGAAUGCGGGGAUAACAGCGACCCAGAGAUUCACGGGGAACCGGGAAAAAUGUAUCCGUUAUUCAUGUCUUCUCGAGGGGUUAAUAAAUACAAGCCGUGGUCGCUGGGAGACGUGUCUGCUCUUGUCGCGCAAAUGCCUGCACCAUCUGAAGGGGGAGAUAAGUGGCUAAAACAACUCGAUACGCUUACUAACGGACACACGCUGGCGCUCGGCGACUUUAGGGCUGUAGCAGCCAGAUGCAUGACCGCACAUGAUUUAGCGGACGUGGAAAACAGAGCGGGGGUGACCCGACAAGCCGAUGACGACAGAUUUUUGUAUUUCGCGACGGAGAUCGGGGACGCAAUGCGCGAGAAAUGGCCACUUCUAAUGUCGACUAAAAUACCAAAAUUACCAUGGGACGCGAAGAAAACCCCGCGCGCGUAUUUGGACGAAUGUAAAGAAACCUGGGUAAAAAGCACUAGCCAUCAUCCGGGAACGGAGGGCAUACAGAGAGAAUGGUUCAGACAGGCGGUGCUGGAGGGAGUACCAGAGGGGGUAAAAGCUAAAAUGAUCACUAAUCCAGACUUGCCAGGAAGUGAAUCUGCUGUGUGGGAAAGACAUUUACUGCACCAUUUACAGGACGCGACUGAGGAAGCGACAGGGGAAGAGAAGCAGCUAAAAGAAUUACAGGCUCAGCUUCUUAGGCUUCAGCUCACUAAGGUCAAACAGGAAGUGAGCGACAAGAAGCAGAAAGGGAAAGACGAGCGACAGAUGACAGUCCAGGCUGCCCCAGCUGAAGGUGUCCAGAGACCACGGAAGGGAGAAGACCGACCAUCCCCACACAGCUAUCCUUCUUGAGAAACUUCCAGACUACCUCUGGUCCGAAGGCCCGACGGACGUAGGUUUUUGUAACACAUGUAAACCAGUAACGUUUGAAAUUCAAAAGCGACCCCCCAUUUGGCAGUCCCAAUACCCUCACAAGCCAGCCGCGGCAGAGGGGAUCAGGGACACUAUAGAGGGACUCAUUAAGUCAGGAGUACUGGAGCCCUCUCAGUCCGCCUGGAACACGCCCAUUCUUCCGGUAGAAAAGGCAGCAACUGGUAAAUAUCGCAUGGCACAUGAUCUCAGAAAGAUAAACGACAUGCUGGUAACGACAACGGUACCCGUCCCGAACCCAUACACUGCGUUGACUAGUCUAACACCACAACAACAAUGGUUCACGUGCAUUGAUUUGGCAAACGCGUUCUUUUGCAUACCCCUACAGGAAAACUUGCGGGAUGUAUUCUCAUUCACAUAUGGGAACAAGCAACUACGUUAUACUCGGCUACCGCAAGGAUUUGCUCUUUCACCUGGUAUUUUCAAUCAAGUGUUAAAACAAGCAUUGACAGGUUGUCCGCUCCCAGAGGGCACGACGCUGAUCCAAUACGUCGACGAUAUCCUCCUCGCAUCCACUUCAGCUGAAUCCUGUGUGGAAGCAACAGACACCAUCUUACGCUGGUUGGCCACGACCGGUUUCAAGGUCAGUAAGUCAAAGUUGCAGGUCGCCAGGCGGCAGGUUUCGUUUCUGGGGAGAGUGCUGUCAGGAAGCGGCUCAGGGCUCUCAGCCGCGCACAGGUCCAGUAUUCUCCACCAUUCGCGUCCACAGAAUGUAAAGGAAAUGCUUUCCUUCCUAGGACUCACGGGGUUCAGCAGACAAUUCAUUCCGCGUUAUUCAAAUCUCACUCAGAUUCUACGUGCAAAGGUAAACGAGAAGGGGAUGAGGAACCUCACUGCUGAACUCGAUUGGGACCAAGAGGCGGAGGAGGCAUUUAUUACACUAAAAACAGAGCUGGCGCAGGCCGCAGACCUUGCAGUUCCAGAUUACAGCGCGCCGUUUUACCUGGACGUUUCUGAAACAACAGGGGUAGUAAAUGGGGUUUUGUUUCAGAAAAAGG